CGUGCCCUCCCCGCCAUGGCAGAGCGUUACCGGGUAACACUGGCAGGCAACAUGGCAGCCCCCGCCCCAGUGGGGACAGGAGAGCACAGAAGGGAUGAGGAGGAAGGCAGGGUGGGAUGGAGGCGCCAGCCUCCCAUCUCCUCCUUGUCUGCCUUCAGCUACAUCCCGCCUAGGCGAGACGGCCCCGCGAAGCUCAGCUACUUCCACCGAGAGGCCCAGGCAGGAGGGGUUUCCACUUAUGAUUCCAUUUUUAAAAGACCAGAGGGUUACAACAAAAAACUUCACCGAUGUGACAGAGAACACUCGAAGAGUCAUGGUCUUCACAUUAACGAUGAGGAAAUGGCAAGACCUGUCGCUGUUUUGUCGUCUUCAGAGUAUGGGAGGCGCAUAAAUAAGCCCACAGAGCAGCCGAUGAAAGGUCAUGCAAGGAUUAAUCAUGUGCAGGCAGAAUUCUACAGGAAAAACGGCAUCACCUGCCUAUUGGAAAAACCUUCUCCAAGCCUGGAUCCGUGCUAAAUCUCUUGUAUCUGGCAUUGCCAGAAACAUCUAUGUGGAAAAACAAACAAACAAAACUCAUGUCAAAAAGCAAAAUUGUGCUUUUGUCUUUUCCUCUGUGUUUUAAUUAAUGAAAAUGUUUUGG